AUGGCUUCUUCAAAUGGUUUAACCACCAUACAAUCGAGCUUAACCUCAGCGAGAACAAAACUCACUUCCUUCUCCAAUCGUAAUCAAUUUGGUUUCGCUUGUCUUUCUUUUACAAAACCCAGAAACUUGAGUCUCUCUGUUCGUUGCUCCAUGGGUUCCUCUAAUUCUUCUCAGAAAUCCGACAACAACGUCCAAGAAGCUGAGAAGAAAGAAUUUGCUUCUCUAAGUGAAAGUGAAUGGAAAAAAAGACUUACACAAGAACAAUAUUACAUCACAAGGCAAAAGGGGACAGAGAGAGCUUUCACAGGUGAGUAUUGGAACACAAAGACACCAGGAGUAUACAACUGCGUAUGUUGCGAUACGCCGUUAUUUGACUCGUCGACAAAGUUUGACAGUGGAACCGGAUGGCCAUCUUAUUACAAACCUAUUGGAAACAAUGUGAAGACAAAGCUAGACCUUUCGAUCAUUUUCAUGCCUAGACAAGAAGUUUUAUGUGCGGUUUGUAACGCCCAUCUUGGCCAUGUGUUCGAUGACGGUCCACGCCCAACCGGAAAACGAUAUUGUCUCAACAGUGCUGCUUUGAGACUUGAGCCAUUAGAGAGAACAAGAGAUUGA